AAACAUUUUUGUUGCAGGGUCGUCAUGACCUUCUUUAUUCUUAUCAUAAUUUUAUUGAUUGCCUUUACCAUAUAAGAAACUUCACCAUGAGAAAUAAGUUUAGUAUACUUUCUCGGCACCUUCAGUUAAACAAAAAAAAUUGUGGAAUUUCUUAUGUUCCUCGGAUUUAAAAUAGACACAUUGAGAAUGAGAAAGUUCCUGAUGAAUAUCUGCUACAAAAGGCCCUUUAAUAUUCGCAUGAUACAUACAGCGUCUCAAAAGAAAUUGAGUACCAAUGAGGAUGAAAACCGUGAAUUAAUGAAUUUAUGGCCAAAUGUAGUUAAAGAUCUAACGGAGGCUGGUCGUAACACAUAUAUUUUUGAUGUACUCAAAAGAUCGGCAAAGGUAUUGCAAUAUAAUGUUCCAAAAGGCAAAAUGACACGUGCUUCAGAUUUAGUCUCUGCAUAUGUACAACUUGCUCAUCCAAAUCAAUUAACUGAUGAAAAUAUUCAAUUGGCACGAAUUUUAGGAUGGUGCAGUCAAAUCCUGCAAGCAUUUUUGUUGAUGGAGGAUGAUAUUAUGGAUAACUCAGUAACUCGCCGAGGACAACCGUGUUGGUAUCUUCAGGACGGUGUUGGAUCUGCGGCAAUAAUUGAUUCAUUUUUAUUAGAACAAAUGAUUUUUAAAUUACUUCGAAUGCAUUUCAGGCAAAAAGAUUACUAUCUAAAUCUUGUCGAAACAUUUAAAGAAAAUAUUUAUAUGACAGCACUGGGUCAAUCGUUAGAUUUGUUGUCGAUGAAUCAUGGAAAAAAGCCUAAUUUAAAUUUAUUUACCAUGGACCGAUUCAAUGCAAUAGCAAAAUACAAAACUGGUUAUUAUACUUUCGUUAUGCCAGUUACGUUAGCUACGCAUCUUGCUGGAAUUAAAGAUAACGAUAUGUUUAGACAGGCUGAAACUGUACUUCUUCAGAUAGGAAAUCUCCGUCAAAUUCAAGACGACUAUUUAGAUUGUUUCGGUAAUCCUCAAGUAACAGGAAAAAUUGGUACUGAUAUUCAAGAAGGAAAAUGUUCCUGGUUAGUAGUUGUUGCAUUGCAACGAGUCACUUUGGAACAACGAAUAAUUUUAGAGGAAUGUUAUGGAGUAAAUGAUCAAGAAAAAGUUGAAAAGAUUAAACAAUUGUAUCGUGACUUAGGAUUACCAGCGAUUUACACUGCUUACGAAGAAGAGAAUUACAAUUUAAUUAAAUCUUAUGUAGAAAAACUGGAUUGCAAAAUACCUAAGGACUUGUUUUUCAAAAUAUUGAAUAAAAUUCCUCGCAGAAAGCCUUUUAAUGUUUGCAUGUUACAUACUGUAUCUCAGAGGAAAGUAGUUACCAGUAAUGAUGAAAAUCCAGAAUUAAUGGCUAUGUGGCCAAAUAUAGUCAAAGAUCUCACAGAAUUUGGUAGUAAAUUCAAUUUUUCUGAUGUACCAAAAUGGUCAGCAAAGGUAUUGCAAUAUAAUGUUCCAAUGGGUAAAAUGACACGUGCUUCAGAUGUAGUCUAUGCAUAUAAACAACUUGCUCAUUCUGAUCAAUUAACUGAUGAAAAUAUUCGAUUGGCCCUAACUUUAGGAUGGUGCUGUCAAAUCCUGCAAGCAUUUGUAGUGGUGGAGGAUGAUAUCAUUGAUAACUCAAUAACUCGUCGAGGACAACCAUGUUGGCAUCUCCAGGACAAUAUCGGACUUGCAGCUGUUAAUGAUGCACUUUUAUUAGAACAAAUGAUUUUUAAAUUACUUCGAAUGCAUUUCAGGCAAAAAGAUUACUAUCUGAAUCUUGUUGAAACAUUUCACGAUGCCGGAAUUAAAGAUAAUGAUGUGUUUAAACAAACUAAAACUGUACUUCUUGAGUUGGGCAAUCUCUUUCAAGUUCAAUACGACUGCAUUGAUUUUUUCGGAAAUCCUGAGGUAACAGGGAAAAUUGGAACUGACAUUGAAGAAGGAAAAUGUACCUGGUUAAUUGUUGUUGCAUUGCAACGAGUCACUUCGGCACAACGAAAAAUUUUAGAGUUCUUUGGCAUCUUUCAGUUAAACAUUACAAUUUUCUCGUUUAAAAUGAGCGAUAAGCUUACUAAUGUUCACAUGAAAAGUAAUGCGCCUCAAUCGGAUUUGGUGACAAAUAAAGAUGAAUGUAGAGAAUUGAUGGCUUUAUGGCCAAAUGUAGUUAAAGAUCUUACACACGCCGGUCGUCAUUCAGAUAUACCUGAUGUGACCAAAUGGAUGGAAAAGGUAUUGCAUUAUAAUGUUCCAAAGGGUAAAAUGACUCGAGCUACAGAUCUAAUUUAUGCAUAUAAACAACUUGUUCCUGAUCAAUUAACUGAUGAAAAUAUACGAUUAGCACGAAUUCUGGGAUGGUGUAAUGAAAUUAUGCAAGCAUUUUUGUUGAUGGAGGAUGAUAUUAUGGAUAACGCAACAACUCGUCGAGGACAACCGUGCUGGUAUCGUCUCAAUGAUAUCGGACUUUCAGCCGUCAAUGAUGGAAUUUUAGUUGAACAAAUGAUCUAUCAACUUAUUCAAAUUCAUUUCAAGGGAAAAUCUUGCUAUCUAAAUCUCGUUGAUGCAUUUCACGAAAUUAUAUAUAUGACAACAUUGGGACAAUCGUUAGAUUUGUUGUCGACGAAUCAUGGAAAAAAGCCUAAUUUAAAUUUAUUUACCAUGGAUCGAUACAAUGCUAUAAUAAAAUAUAAAACUGCUUAUUAUACGUGCGUUUUGCCAGUAAUAUUAGCUAUGCACCUCGCUGGAAUUAAAGAUAAUGAAAAAUUUAGACAAGCUAAAAAUAUUCUAAUUGAGAUAGGCAGUUUUUUUCAAAUUCAAGAUGACUAUUUAGAUUGUUUUGGAGAUCCUAAGUUAGUAGGAAAAGUUGGUACAGAUAUUCAAGAAGGAAAAUGCUCAUGGUUAGUUGUUGUUGCCUUGCAACGAGUCACUCCGGCACAACGAAAGAUUCUAGAGGAAUGUUAUGGAGAAAAUGAUAUGAAAAAAGUCUCAAAAGUGAAGGAAUUAUAUCAUGAAUUAGGAUUGCAAACAAUUUACUCCGUUUACGAAGAAGAGAAUUAUAAUUUAAUCAUAACUCAUAUAAAACAAAUGUCUUGCGGACUACCUCAUGAAUUAUUUGUCAAAAUUCUAAAUAAAUUUUAUCGCAGGAAUAUGUAAAAUCGAUUUUAAUUUAUACUAAACUUGCUGUUACUAAAGAAAAAUAGUUAUCUGUAGCGCUUCGCAUAAAUACAUUUUUUUCGUUAAAUUUUGAUAGAACGAAUUUUUUGUAUUUUCUUAUUUCUAAGAAACCGUAUGAAUAUUUCAUACGAAAAAAUGAAUGGGCAAUUUUUUUUAAACUAUUAUAAAAAAUGACAAACAAAUUCAAAUAAAAAUAAUAUGUAUAAUUUAUAUACAUUUACCUUUAUA